CCCUGGCGUUUCCCUCCUGGAGAACAGCCAGCCCAGCCUGGCACAGUUGUGGCCGGGCGAGUUGGGCCUUGAGAUGUUUGUCUUGGGGUGCUGGACUUUGUGUGCCCUGGUCAGAGGAUGCUCUGCGAUGAGGAGGGAACUCAGGGGGAGCAAUGAGGCUCCAGUGGGAGGCACUGUCUCAGGUCUCUGCAGCAACAUCAUCGAUGUGUCAGCCUUGGAUUCCCAGGGCAUGGAACAGCAUGAGUACCUGGGCAGAGCCAGGCAGUACAGCACACGCCUGGCCAUGCUCAGCACCGACCUGACGCACUAGAAGCUGCCACUGCUGCCAUCCCUGACUAACCAGCCACACCGAGUGCUCGCCAGCCACCCUGUCCCCUUUGCAGACCUGCAGCAGGUGUCCCGGAUAGCUGCCUAUGCCUCCAGUGCGCUCUCACAGAUCCAUGUCGACGCCAAAGAAGAACUGGUUGUACAGUUUGGCAUCCCCUGAACCUGCCCUCACCACUGCUGCUUCAGUGCUUUGGGUUGUUUUUGCUUUU